CAAACUCUUCAAAUGAAGUGUUAAUACACACACAUACGCAUCUUAGUAGUUCUUUUUUGGUACUUAUUAUUGUCUAGCUUUUUAAUAUCAGAGUUAUCAUCAUCAUGGCCAAUGAGAGAGUUAUUCCUUCAGCAACUAUACCUGUAGAAAGUGUUCCACCUCGUGGUGGUUUCAGGCAAGAUACCACCGUGAACGGUAGUAGAAAAUCCAUACUCAGCAGCUGGUGUGGCGGUGAUGAUCAGUGGUCCGCCAUGGAAGAAGGAGCACUCGCCAAAGCAAACUCUAGCUCAAGGAAAGGCCCUCCUGUAGUUUCACUCGCAAGAAAGAUUGGAGCUGAGUUCGUAGGCACUCUAAUGCUGAUCUUUGCGGCCACAGCCAUAGCCAUUUUGAACCCGAACACAAAGGAUCCCGAGACUCUGAUGGUGGUGGCUGUGGCCACCGGUCUGACUGUGAUGAUAAUCAUCUUCUCUACCGGCCACAUCUCCGGGGCCCAUCUGAACCCAGUUGUCACUAUCGCCUUCGCUGCCCUGAAGCACUUCCCAUGGAGACAGGUGCCGAUGUAUAUCGGGGCUCAAGUGUUGGGGUCUCUAUGCGCUGCAUUUGCACUAAAGGCAGUGUUUCAUCCCCUAACGGGAUCGGGCGGUGUGACUGUUCCUGCGGUGGCUAAUGGGCAAGCUUUUGCUUUGGAGUUCAUUGUUACCUUCAUUCUCAUGUUUGUUAACAUGGCCGUCGCCACUGAUACUAGAGCUGUGGGAGAGUUGGCUGGAAUUGCAGUGGGAGCAACUGUGAUGCUCAAUAAUUUUAUUGCUGGGGCAAGAUCAGGAGCUUCAAUGAACCCAGUGAGAACUCUAGGGCCAGCUGUGGCUGCACACAACUACACAGCAAUAUGGAUCUAUUUCCUUGCGCCACUUCUCGGAGCUCUUUUCGGCGCCGCCACUUACACCGCCAUUAAGCUGCCGGAGGAAGACGGCGAGGAUGGAGAGAAGCCCGCUAGGGCAAGAAGCUUCUCCCGGAGUUGAUCAUAUGAUCAUGAGAUGAAACAAACAAGAACCAAUUAAGAUGAUGAUGAUGAUGAUGAUGAAGAACUAAGUAUAAUUAUUAUAUAUGUAUUACUAUGCGUACGUGUGCGGUUUACCGUAAUAUAUUUAUAUAUAUAUAGUAUGUAACAUCUAUAUAUAUGUAUGUAUACUGCUACGUACUGAAUUUGAUCAUGUAAUGCUAGCUAGUGAUGAGUAGAGAUACAUAUAUAUACGAUGUUAAUAAGGUCACUAGCCUAGAAGCUAAGCGUGCAUGUUGUCCUGAAGCAUUAAUUGUCCCUGUAUAAUAUUUAUUAAUGAUAUAUGGGAACAAGAUUUUACCAUA